AUGUUGAGUUUAGCACUUUUGGCUGCUUCGGCUUCGGCCCAGUCUUAUUAUAUCAACCAAUAUGGUCAGAGAGUUUACACUACAAAUGCACGAAGCUCAAGCUGGUGGGACAACACUUACUCAAGAAACGGCGAAAUCGUCAACCAGCCAGAGACUAUUGUUAACUACAUAGACAGAAUCAUCGAAGAGCCUGAGCCUAUCAUCCGAUACGUCGAUACUGUCAUCACUCCUGCUCCCACUCUUCCUCCUACUCCACCUCCUCCAUCCUGUCGCUGGCUCGACUGGGGUGCAUGGAAUGAAUGUACUUCCGUCUGCGGCAAAAACACUCAAUCCCGAAUCCGACGAUGUGAAGGUGGCCAGCCCGGUGUCAACGGCUGCUGCUCAGGCGAUCACGAUUCCUACAAAUCCUGCUCCAACCCCAUCCGAGAAGAACCCUGUGCUUACUGGUCCGGCUGGUCCGAGUGGGGUGCCUGCUCUACUUCUUGCGGCGAAGGAUUCCGACGAAAACAGAGAACUUGCCUCGGCGCGGAUAUUUUGAAAGACGAUGCUGACUGCCCCGGCCUUCCCUACAAAGAAGAAUCGUGCACAAUUGGAACCGGUUUGGGCGGAUAUCGAAACUGGGGCGCCUGGUCUGCCUGCUCAGCCACCUGUGGCGAUGCAAUUCGAACUCGCGAGCGGGGCCAUACUUGCAACGCUGGAAUUGAAGCCGACUCCGAAUCAUGCAAUUUGCUCGCUUGCUGCGAUCCAUUGCCCUGGGCUGAAUGGUCCGUUUGCUCCACUUCCUGUUUCAUGGGCACUCGAACCCGAAAACACUCCUGGACAUGCGACUACAAAGCCGAUGUUGUCCAGACUGAGGCUUGCAAUGCUGGCGAUGGUGUUUACUCAAUGUGGUCCGAAUGGAACGUUUGCUCUCAAACCUGCCUCGGCGGCGUUCAGAACCGAUUCCGAGAACACACUUGCGGUCUCCGAGAUGCCCGAGGAAUGGCCUACGAACUUUCUCAAACCCAAUCUUGCGGAUCUGAAGGAUUCUGGUCCGAGUGGUCUCAAUACUCGACUUGUUCCCAGACUUGCGAAGGUGGAUUCAUGAGCCGAACUCGACAACACACUUGCUCUCGAAAACUCGAACGCGAUACUGCUUCCUGUGGCAAUCCCGGCGGAUGGCGAGAGUGGUCUGAAUGGUCUGGAUGCUCGAGCUCUUGCUUCGGCGGCCAGAAAUCGAGAAGACGAACUCACGAAUGCACCAGCGAAAUCGAUGUUGAACAGGCUCCUUGCGGCGAAGUCGGCGACUGGAUGGCCUGGUCUGCCUGGUCUGGCUGCUCCAAGACUUGCCUCGGUGGCGAACGAUCUCGAUCACGAUUCCACGCAUGCGGUGCUCAAGCUGUCCUUGCUGAUCCAUCCAUCACUUCCGCCCGAGAAGUUCAAACUGAAGCUUGCGGCUCUGUUGGCACUUACGGUCUCUGGUCUCGAUGGUCCGGAUGCUCUGUCACUUGCGGUGGGGGAGUCACUACUCGCAACCGAUACCAUCAGUGCGACGGUACUACUGACACUGAAAACGCUGUCUGCAACGAUGUCUGCUGCCCAGCCUGGAACGAAUGGUCUCAAUGGACUCCUUGCUCUGUCUCUUGCGGUCGAGGCGUUCAGAACCGAGGACGAAACAACGUUUGCACUUCCAUCGCCGAUCAAGCCCAAACUAGAACUUGCUACGCUGAACUUCCUGACUAUCCUUACGGCGCAUGGGCUGAAUGGUCUGUUUGCUCGAAAUCCUGCCGAGGCGGUUCUCGAUCUCGAUCUGCUGAGCACAUUUGCAACGCUGCUGGUAUUGUGGAUACUGAAGCUUGUGGCAAUCCCGGCUUCUGGAUGGAAUGGUCUGCUUGGUCCGGUUGCUCAGUGACCUGCGGAGUCGGCAUCAAAACUCGAUCUCGACGAGAUUCUUGCGGCGACAACUACCCCGAAACUGAAACUGCUUCUUGCGAUGCUGGACCCGGCCAAUACUCCAACUGGGGAAUCUGGGGCGCUUGUAACCAAACUUGUCCCGGCGGUGUCUCCCGACGAUUCCAGCAACACAACUGCGGAGCUGAGCCACUCGUUGAUGUCCGAACUUGCGGUGAAGAGCGAUGGGGCGCUUGGACUAUGUGGUCUGCUUGCUCUCAAUCUUGCGCUGGCGGAAUCUCCACUCGAACCAAGACUGAAUUCUGCUCCAAUGAGGUUGUCCAAGAAACUCGAGAAUGCGGUACUCCCGGUGCUUUCCUCAACUGGUCUCCAUGGACUGUCUGCUCUCAAGAAUGCCAAGGCGGUAUUUCCACUCGACAACGGGCUCACACUUGCGAUGCUGGAAUUGAACAAGAAACUCGCACUUGCGGUCGACCUGGCUACUACUCUCAGUGGUCUUUCUGGACUGAUUGUCUCCGCGGCGGUGUCAAGGUCACUUGCGACGGUGGUAAACGAUCUCGAACUCGAAACGGCUACUGUGGAUUUGACGAUGAAAUCCAGGAACAAGACUGCAACAUGGCUGAGUGCUGCGAUUUGACACCAUGGACUGCCUGGGGAACUUGCUCUGUCUCUUGCGGAACUGGCUACGAAGCUCGCCAUAUUCAAGAUUGCAAGGGCCGAAAUGUCCAGACCGAGCGACGAACCUGCAACAUCCCAAUUGUCUUCUACGAAUGGACCGAAUGGACUGGCUGUUCUCGAGAAUGCGGCCCAGGUAUCAAGCGACGAACUCGAUCCGGCCCAUGCACUGGCGUUGAAGAAGAAACCGCUCGAUGUGACAACGGACCUUGCCCAUUCUACGAACUCUGGUCAGCCUGGUCUCCUUGCGAUGCUACUUGCGGCGAAGGUGUUCGAACUCGCCAACGAGCCUGCCGACACGGUGUUGCUGGAAUUGACUGCGUCGGUGAAGCAUUCGAAUCUACUGUCUGCCUUGCUGUCGAUCCUGGCUUCACUCAAUGGUCUGCUUGGACUGCCUGCUCUGCUUCCUGCGACUACGGCUUCAAAUCCCGCGACCGAACUCGAAUCUGCACUGGCGAAGUCGACAGCGAAACCGUCCGAUGCCUCGUCGAUCCUGGCAACUGGUCUCCCUGGUCCGCCUGGGCUGGCUGCUCUGUCUCCUGCGGUGGUGGUGAAACUACCCGACAACGAGUUCACUCCUGCUCUGGCGAAGCUCAAUUCCAGGAAAUCAGCUGCAACACUUCUCCAGGUGUCUAUCUCCAGUGGGGCGAAUGGUCUGCUUGUUCUCGAUCUUGCGCUGGCGGUAACAAGUUCCGAACUCGACAACACACUUGCGGCGGCGAAGAUCAAGUUCAAACUGUCACUUGCGGCUCUCUCGGCGUUUACACCAACUGGUCCGAGUGGUCAUCUUGCCCACGAUGCUACGACUUCGGAGAGGAACCCGUUCUUGCUUUCCGACAACGAGGACAUUCCUGCUCCGACAUGGCUGAACAACAGGAAAAGACUUGCCUUGCACCUCGAUGUGCUUACUGGGCUCAGUGGGGCGACUGGGGCGUUUGCUCGACCAGCUGCGGCUUGGGCUUCCGAGAACGAGUUCGAAGAUGCAUGGGCGAUGAUGCUGACUGCUUGAACCUCUUCGGCGACAAACGAGAAACUCAAUCUUGCGAUGGCGGAAGCGGCCGAGACUUCGCCGGACAAUGGUCUCCUUGCUCCACUUCCUGCGGCACCGGUGUUCAAACUCGCUCUGUGCAGAACACUUGCACUGAUAUUGUCAACCAGGAACAACGCGCCUGCUCCAACAACCAGGGAUUCUACUCUGAAUGGUCAAUGUGGUCUAGCUGCUCGGCUUCAUGCGGCGGUGGCAUGCAAACUCGACGAAAGACUCAUAGCUGUGGCGAAGACGAUUAUGUUCAGGAGCGAUCUUGCAACGUUGCUACUGGCAGUUACGGUCAAUGGUCUGCCUGGUCUGCUUGCCCAGUCAGCUGCGGCGGUGGCACUAUCUCUCGAACUCGAUACCACUCUUGCACUGGUGAGGCUGAGGUUCAGUCUACCACUUGCAACCAGCAACCAUGCUCUUACUACGGCGUCUGGUCCAACUGGGGCGCUUGCUCUGUCUCUUGCGGCCUCGGAACUAAAUCCCGAACUCGAUACUGUAUUGGUGGAUCUGUCGGUUCCGGUCUCUGCAGCGACGAUGAUGUCACCACCGUCGACACCAUCGCUUGCGACAACGGCGAUUGCUGCAACUACCUCUGGUCUGACUGGACUGGCUGCUGCAACCACAACAACCGAAACGUCCGACUUCGAUUCCGAGGCGGUUGCACCGGCGCUGAUCACCAGCAGGAAGAGAAGCCUUGCGGCACUGUUGGAGUCUCUGUUGAGGAGUGCUACUUGAUGAUCCAGACUUAUCACCAAACCGGCUACUUGGCUUAUUCUUACAACACCACCGGCUACACUACCUACCAGCAGGGCACCGACUACAUCACCACUUCCGCUAGCUACCGAACCUUCUACACCAACACCGGCGCCAGUGUCAACGUUGCCGGCUCUUACCAAACCAUCAACGGUGUCAGCUACUUCGUCACAUCGAACACUGCCUACUACGGAAGCCAGUUCAUGAGCGGAUACUUCGACAACACUGGUCGAUUCAUCGAGAACAACAACAACAACACUUACUACGUCGGUGGCGGCACUUACGAUCCCAACCUCGUCUACAACACUGGAUCUAGCUCCAACACCUACAACACCGAACUCAAGUUGGUCUACUCCAACGGCUCUCCAGUUACUGUAACUGGUUACAAUAACAACGGCGUCUUCUACACCCUGAGCUCCGAGCACUUCGGCACCAUGUACGACAACGGCGCCUUCGACAUGUCCGGCCGCUGGAAUCCUUACAUGCCCUAG